CUGCCAGAUAAUCUUCCCCAGGUUUGCAUUUUCCCCCUUCCCUCUUCUUCUCGUCGUCCUCCUCCUCUCCAUCAUAUUCCCCAACCUUACCAGCGCGAACUCAUUCAUAUCGCGAGCUUCGUCAACUUCCUCUUUUGCGACCCUCUGUUCCCGAAGGACUCCCGAAACAUCACGGCGAAAAUGAUCUGCUCCGUGUGCCAGACGACACUGCAAGCUGCCAUCAGCCAUUUCCGGAUCGCAAAGAAUCAGGAUGAGGGACACCUUUUCCAGCCGAUAUCAGAUAACGGGCCCAAUGGAGAGUACGUUGAGGAUCACCAUCGGACAUGGAAUGGUUUGAAGGAUUCAGCAAACCAGAAAUGCCAUAUUUGUUCGUGGGUUUUGUUGUGUAUUCCUGAAGCGGACAAGCGGAGCUUGGACAUCCUUUGGCAGAAAAUAGCGACCGGAAAGAUACCCAAUGCUUACGGAAACGCGGCAUUUCAAUUAAUUUUGAACUAUCGGAGACAUCAAGACUGUCAGUGCUUCACAUUCAGGUUCAGGAUCCUCUGUAUACCCGAGACUAGCGAUCGUGCGCCUGCCUUUUUCGCGGAGGACCUUUCUCGCGAAUAUCAGUUUGUGUUAGAUCUCAUCCAAGAGAAGCCCUAUGCCGUUCCUACGCUUGAAACAAGCACGUGGUCUCCAAGGGCCCAGCGUCUGGCAAAAAGUUGGGUUGGUAACUGCGUGGACAACCAUAAGCAAUGCAGAUAUUCUAGAAGUGAUACCGGCUGGUAUCCGACAAGACUCUUGGACCUCGGUGAAUCAACAGAGGUGCGGCUCAUCGAGACCAAGGACACGAAGCCAGCCGGACCAUACGCUACAGUUACUCAUCGUUGGGGGCAAGUUGACGAGGACUUUGUGUUGAACAAACAUAAAUACCCUCAGCUCAUGAAGGGGAUACCCUUGGGUUCAAUGCCCCGAUUAUUUCGGGAUACCAUCUUAGUUGCGCGCUCACUUGGAGUGCAGUAUCUGUGGAUCGAUUCACUCUGCAUAUUCCAAGACAAGGACGACAAAACCGACUGGGCGCAUGAAGCAUCUCUCAUGGAAAGAGUAUACUCUUACUCUUACUGCAACAUAUCCGCAGCAGACGCCCGAAGCUGUUCAAGGCCGCUAUUUAACGUCCGAGAUCCUCAAUCCAUCAAUCCGAAAACACUUACCCUGGAUAUCGUCAGCGAUGAAAUUGGUGGGGUGAUUCCGGCCCAGUUCUAUGUGUAUAAUUGUGACUUUUGGGUGCGGCAGGUUAGCAACGCAUUGGUAAACAGCCGUGCCUGGGUCCUCCAAGAACGCAUCCUAGCCCCUCGCGUCCUGCAUUUCGGAAAACGCCAAUUAAUGUGGGAGUGCUGUGAAAGAGACGCGGCAGAAGUGUUUCCUCACGGGCUUCAUCCGGAACUUGCGGCAUCUGAACUUGUGCGAUUUAAAUCCUUCAAUCUUGAGCGAGAUCAGGGUAAUCAAUUGGGUUAUUUUGUCAAUUCAGAACUGCCAAUGGCACGGCUCUUAUGGAAUCGGAUUAUAUGGAACUACACAGAAUGCGACAUUUCUCAUUUUGAAGAUAAACUAAUUGCCUGCUCGGGAGUAGCGAAAAGAUUCGAAUCAUUGCUACAAGAUACCUACGUAGCUGGCAUGUGGCGCACCGAUCUCGAGGCUCAAUUACUUUGGGCAAAAUCUACAGUGGGGCCCGGACUAAGGCCGGGUGUGUACCGGGCUCCUUCCUGGUCCUGGGCAUCAAUUGAUGGUGUUAUCUGGCCGUCUACGUGGCCUCAAGAUGGCUGUCUGUUCGAAAUUGAGGAUGUGCACCUCAGCUACGCGACGCCCGACAAGACGGGUGGUGUAACGGCUGGCUGGUUACGCCUGCGCGGAGUUCUUUUAGAGACCAAGCUUAUCAGAGUGAGGGAGCAUGAGGCGGCCUUUGAUUUGUGUUUGGAGGGAGUCAGUGUAGCGGCCGCGCCUACGCCUCAUAAUGGUCGAAUGUCACCUCAUGUGAUCUUCGAUAUCUCGGAGGGCAGCGUUGACUACGAAAAUGUUGAAGGCCGGAUCUUUUCCAUGGUUGGACACGCUGGGAACGAAGAUUUCGCGAUGAAAUUGCUACUGUUCAAGGUGGUUGACGAGCAGCAAGGUGUAUUUGAGCGAAUUGGAACGGUUUUGGUUUACCUCGAUGAUCAGGUAGAAAAAAUAUUGUCCGUUAGACGGGAACCAGAGAAGCCACCCUUACCUUGCGCCGAAUUCAAGGACGGGAAGCACACCAUCAUUGUCAUAUAGCACAUCAGGAAGGAGGACUGAAGAUAGAGUAGAUAAAGAUAGCGGUCUCUUUGCGAACAUAAGGAUGUUUCUGAUUCCAACCUAAGCAGAGAGUCUCAGACAGACCAGGCUCAAUCAACUUUCAGACUCUGACA